GUUGUUGUGAACGAACCCAACGGUCCCGAUGUCUACAAAGGGGUGCCUAAAGAGCUUAGUAUUACCGGCGACGAGAUUACGCCCGAGAGAUUUUUGCGAGUUCUCAGAGGGGAUAAUAGUUCAGGGUCGCUUGUCAUCAAUAGCGGUCCUAAUGAUCAUAUAUUUGUCUAUUUAAUUGACCAUGGUUCUGAUGAUAUUGUAGAGUUUCCCAAUGGCCUGCUCUAUGGCGAGGAAUUAGUGACCACGAUCAAAGACAUGCAUGCUAAUAAAAAGUUUGCUAAACUAGUGUUUUAUUUGGACACGUGUCACGCUGGCUCAAUGUUUGCUAAUCUUCUACCAAAUGAUAUUGACGUAUACGUGACCACAUCGUCGAGUCCGGACGAAAACAGUCACUUUUGUUGCUACGAUGAACGGCUCAAGGUAUUUGUCGGCUUGUCGUAUAGUAACUUUUGGAUUAAAAAUACGGAUACCUUUGACUUAACCAAUGAGACACUGCAACAACAGUUUGAAUACGUAAGGGACAACUCAUACGAUACGGUAAUUGACGGCAAACACGAGUACGAACAUAACCAACAGUACGGGGACCUAAGCAUUGCUAAACUACCUGUGUCACAUUUUUUGGGUAAUGAAGCAAACCUAUUGCUAAUAGCAAUAGCGGAACGCCUACUUCGGGACAGAUAUGUCAAGGAAUUGGAGUCUAUAUUAAAGGGUCGAGAAUUUGUGGAUAACUUUAUGACUGAAUACGUGAAUAGUAUUCAACACUUAAUACCAAACAUCGAAACCAAUGCUAUACUCAAUACGAAACGAGAGCUCAAUAAUAGACUCUGUUAUCGACAACUGGUCGACACUUUCCACCAAAAGUGCUUUAAUUUGAAUCAAUAUUUU